GUGAGGAAAUGGCUCUCACGUGAGGGAGGCGGCAGCGCCCGGCUCACCCGGCCCGCUGCCCUGGGAGGAGGUGCCAGCGGGUCUGGGGCCGUCUGCGCCAUGCCGACGAGUUUCACGGUGGUGCCGGUGGAGGCGCAGGGCGAGGAGCGGGGACCGCCAGAGCGGGAUGGGCAGCUGCAGGAGGAAGAAGAUGAAGACGACGAGAGGGACCGGGGCACCGGGGAUGGGAUUGCCAGGGAAAGUAGUCCAUUUAUUAACAGUGCAGAAUUGGACAGAGGAAACAUGUAUGAAGGAAAGAAUAUGGCUCUCUUUGAGGAAGAAAUGGAUAGUAAUCCCAUGGUGUCAUCUCUUCUGAAUAAACUAGCAAACUACACUAAUCUUACUCAAGGUGUGGUGGAACAUGAAGCAGAUGAAGACAGCAAGCGAAAGGAAGUCAAGGGUCCACGGAUGGGCACUUUUAUUGGUGUAUAUCUUCCCUGCUUGCAAAACAUCUUGGGAGUCAUCCUUUUCCUACGUUUAACAUGGAUUGUGGGAACAGCUGGAGUUCUUGAGUCUUUCAUUAUCGUGUUCAUGUGUUGUGCUUGUACUAUGUUAACCGCCAUUUCAAUGAGUGCGAUAGCAACAAAUGGUGUGGUCCCAGCUGGAGGCUCUUACUACAUGAUUUCAAGAUCUUUAGGGCCAGAGUUUGGUGGAGCAGUGGGACUUUGUUUCUAUUUGGGCACAACCUUUGCAGGAGCAAUGUACAUUCUUGGUACCAUCGAAAUUUUAUUGACCUACAUUUCUCCAAGUGCUGCUAUAUUUAAAGCAGAAGAGGUUGGUGAAGAAACAGAGGCUAUGCUAAACAACAUGAGAGUUUAUGGAACAUGUAUUAUCAUUCUUAUGGCCAUAGUAGUUUUUGUGGGAGUAAAGUAUGUCAACAAACUUGCUCUGGUCUUCCUUGCCUGUGUGAUUCUUUCCAUCAUUGCCAUAUAUGCUGGAGUUAUUAAGACUGCUUUUGACCCACCCGACUUUCCGAUCUGUCUCCUUGGAAACCGUACAUUAUCAAAACGCAACUUUGAUGUCUGUGCCAAAUUUACUGAAAGCAAUAAUGAAACAAAGACUACACCUUUGUGGCGCCUCUUCUGUGAUAGCUCAUUGCUUAAUGCUACGUGUGAUGACUACUUUCGUCUCAAUAAUGUAACAGAAAUUCAAGGUAUUCCAGGAAUAAUGAGUGGAGUUCUAACUGACAAUCUCUGGAGUACCUAUUCAGAAAAAGGGUCGAUAGUUGAGAAAAAAGAUCAACCAUCCAUUGCCGGAUCAGAAGAGACAAAAAUGGGUGGACUCCCUUAUGUUUUUACAGACAUCAUGACCUACUUCACAAUGCUAGUUGGGAUUUAUUUCCCAUCUGUGACAGGUAUUAUGGCAGGUUCAAACAGAUCUGGAGACCUAAAGGAUGCUCAGAAAUCUAUUCCUACUGGAACAAUUUUGGCUAUUUCAACUACAUCUUUUAUUUAUCUCUCCUGUAUAGUGUUGUUUGGUGCCUGUAUAGAAGGUGUGAUAUUAAGAGAUAAGUUUGGAGAAGCAGUUAAUGGAAAUCUAGUGGUUGGUACACUGGCCUGGCCUUCUCCAUGGGUUAUUGUGAUUGGUUCGUUCUUUUCAACAUGUGGUGCUGGUCUCCAGAGUCUCACUGGUGCACCCCGUCUAUUGCAGGCCAUUGCAAGAGAUGGCAUUGUACCGUUUAUUCAAAUAUUUGGUCAUGGAAAAGCAAAUGGAGAACCAACUUGGGCUCUGCUCCUCACUGCUGGUAUUUGUGAAAUAGGAAUUUUGAUAGCUUCAUUGGACAGUGUAGCACCAAUUCUUUCAAUGUUUUUCCUUAUGUGCUAUAUGUUUGUGAAUCUGGCUUGUGCAGUUCAAACACUUUUACGAACUCCUAACUGGAGACCUCGUUUCAAGUAUUACCACUGGACUCUUUCAUUCCUGGGGAUGAGUUUAUGUCUUGCCUUGAUGUUCAUUUGCUCUUGGUACUAUGCUUUGAUUGCCAUGCUAAUCGCAGGAUGUAUAUACAAAUACAUAGAAUAUAGAGGAGCGGAAAAAGAAUGGGGCGAUGGAAUCCGAGGACUGUCUCUGAAUGCAGCUCGCUAUGCUUUGCUUCGUGUGGAAGACGGUCCUCCUCACACCAAGAACUGGAGACCUCAACUUUUGGUCUUGUUAAACUUGGAUAAUGAGCAGUUAGUGAAACACCCUAGAUUGCUUUCUUUCACCUCUCAGUUGAAGGCUGGUAAAGGACUGACUAUCGUGGGCUCUGUUCUUCAGGGAAUCUACUUAGAUAAAUGUACGGAAACUCAGAAAGCUGAAGAGAAUGUUAAGGCCUUAAUGGGAGUAGAAAAGACUAAAGGAUUUUGCCAGAUUGUGGUGUCUCCUAACUUCAGAGAUGGAAUAUCCUAUUUGAUUCAGUCAGCUGGUCUAGGAGGGAUGAAGCACAACACAGUCCUAAUGGCAUGGCCACAGUCAUGGAAGCAGACAGAAAAUCGUUUCUCAUGGAAAAAUUUUGUUGAUACUGUACGAGAAACAACAGCAGCUCAGCAAGCACUUUUGGUGGCUAAAAACAUUGACUUAUUUCCAACAAAUCAAGAACGUUUUACUGAAGGAAACAUAGAUGUAUGGUGGAUUGUUCAUGAUGGUGGUAUGCUGAUGUUACUGCCAUUUCUCCUUCGACAGCACAAGGUUUGGAGAAAAUGUAAAAUGCGUAUCUUCACUGUUGCUCAAAUGGAUGAUAAUAGCAUUCAAAUGAAGAAGGAUCUUCAGAUGUUCUUAUAUCAUCUUAGACUGAAUGCUCAAGUGGAAGUUGUUGAAAUGUUUGAAAAUGAUAUUUCUGCAUUCACAUAUGAGAAGACACUUAUGAUGGAACAGCGAUCUCAGAUGCUAAAACAGAUGCAGCUGUCAAAGAACGAAAGGGAAAGGGAGAUUCAGAGCAUCACUGAUGAGUCUCGAGGCUCAAUCAGAAGAAAAAGCUACUCCAGUUCACUCUCUAUUGUCCAAGACGCCCAGGCACUGCUGACUAAUGAUUAUCAAGAGGAGGAGGCCCAGCUGAUCCAUGAUAGAAAUACUGCCUCGCACUCUGCUCCAGCAGUUGAAGCAAGUGUGGCUGCUGCCGUGCCAGAAAAAGUGCAAAUGACUUGGACUAAAGAAAAGUUUGCAGCUGAAAAGCAUAAAACCAAAGAUUCAAAUGUGUCUGGCUUUAAAGAUGUUUUCAACAUGAAACCAAAUCAGUCAAAUGUGAGAAGAAUGCACACUGCUGUGAAGCUCAAUGGAGUAGUGCUCAAUAAAUCACAGCAUGCUCAGCUAGUUCUCCUGAAUAUGCCUGGACCUCCUAAAAACAGAAAAGGGGAUGAAAACUACAUGGAGUUUCUGGAAGUUCUGACAGAAGGUCUGGAUAGAGUUCUCCUAGUCCGAGGCAGUGGACGUGAAGUGAUCACCAUUUAUUCUUAAUCUGUUUGCACAUGUUGUUCAAACACAACACACACUCCAGAUGAGAAAACAAAGUUAUUUGCCAUAAUUUAAGCAGCUUCAUUACGUGUUUUAGUGCAUUGAAAAUUAUCUGCAAGCUGAAUCUUCUGAUGAUGUAGGGGUUUUUUCCUAUUAAAGUGUUAUAUUGAAGUAGUAUUUUAAGCAGAUAGACUUAUGUAGAAAAUAUUUCUAUAGUGAAUUAAUAAAUGGUGGAUGGGUUAGGAUAUUUAUGUGUAGCAAAUUCUGGCACUUGUUAAGCUCUGGUGAACCACAAGAAAAAUGGUAAUGUAAUGGUAUUUUUAAACAUAUAGAAAUGUAAGCAACUUUUGAUUAUUUUAAUCUUUGUUGUGUGUCUUAAUAAAGGGAAAAGUUUUAGGAAAAGUUGUCUUCUUUCCUUACCAAAAUGCUGCAGAGAUGUAUACAAUCACUCAAAUUUGUAUAUUAUGUGCAUAAAGUAUUUCCCUAGAGUUCAUGAUUUGCUAUACUUGUUAAAAAUAACAUUUCUGUAUUUAAAAUACUUAGUCAGGUACCUGAAACGUGCAGGAGAUAGUAAAUAAACAAGCUGAGUGGGUUUUUUUCCAUGAACUACUAGUAGUUAUUGCGUGACUAUACCAAUGACAUGUGUAAGCAUCCAAUUCAUAGGAAGGCUAUGAUGCAGAAACUCUACCUGGUUCCAGUUAUAAUUCUAGCAAUUUAUAAAUCACAGGAAGUUUAUGAUAUAUGUAUAUUUUGAAAAUGUUUUCUGCAUGUGCUGCUGUUUAAAAUAAAAUCUGCUUUUCUGAACUGAA